AUGGCGCUGCGGGCCGGGCCCGGAGCGGGGGGCGGCGGCGGGGCGCCGGGGGGCGGCGGGGCGCCGGGAGGCGCGGGGGGAGCCAGCUUCAUGUUUCCUGUUGCUGGUGGUUUGGGCCCCCCUCAAGGGAUGAUUCCUAUGCAACAGCAAGGAUUUCCGAUGGUUCCUGUCAUGCAGUCCAACAUGCCAGGCAUGAUGGGAAUGAAUUACGGGUCCCAGAUGCCUCCCGGACCUAUGGCCAUGCAGGGGGGCAUGCCCUUGGGUCCGAUGCCGGCAGCUGGAAUGCCUUACAUGGGCCAGGCUUCUUUCCUGGGAAUGCGCCCAGCAGCCCCGCAGUACACCCCUGACAUGCAGAAGCAGUUUGCAGAAGAACAACAAAAGAGGUUUGAGCAUCAGCAGAAGUUCUUAGAAGAAGAACGAAAACGGCGCCAGUUUGAAGAGCAGAAGCAGAAGUUGAGGCUCCUGAGCAGUGUGAAACCUAAGGCAGGUGAAAAAAGCAGGGAUGAUGCAUUGGAAGCCAUUAAAGGAAAUCUAGAUGGUUUUUCUAGAGAUGCUAAGAUGCACCCGACACCAGCAUCACAUCCAAAAAAGCCAGAUCAUCCCACAUCAUCCCAUUCUGCUGUAUCUGUUUCCCACUCUGCUUUUCUCGAUGAUGAAGAAUUUAGUGACUUUAUACAAGGGCCUGUUGAAAUCCCCAAAGUGGUGCCUCAGCCUGCCUCCCAGCCUUUUCAGCCUUUCCAUUCUGGUACUGAGGCUGGGCAACUGCUUUCAGAAAAGGCUGUGGGUCAGCCUCUCCCUCCAGCCCAGACUCCAGUGUUAUCCAUCCUGCAUGGUACACUUGGGCAGGUUCCUUAUUUUCCUACCUCUGCAUCUUCACCCAAUAUCCAUAAAACAGGCUCUUCCUUGGAGGAGAAAGUCUUAGAUAAUGGCUCAAAUGAAUCUGAACAAGAGCAAACCAAACUUAAAACAUCUGAAGUUGGGCACAAAGCCUCAGCUGCGAGACAAGUUCGCCCCAGUCUAGCCAUCAAUGACUGGGAUGCUGUAGGUGGACACGAAAGUGGUAGCACUGCUGCAGAGGCGCACAAGGCUUCAGAACAAAACAUAGCAGUUGAAGAGUGUGGAGUUGGAGUAUUCCCUUCACAGGACCCAAUUCAGCAAAUGUUGCCUCCUUGGAUUUACAACGAUAGUUUGGUCCCAGAGUUGUAUAAGAAAAUUUUAGAAACCACUUUGACUCCUGCUGGAAUAGAUACAGCUAAGCUGUAUCCCAUCCUGAUGUCAUCUGGAUUGCCCAGAGAGACUCUAGGACAAAUAUGGGCUUUAGCCAACCGCACCACCCCUGGGAAGCUCACGAAAGAAGAGCUGUACUCUGUCCUGGCUAUGAUAGCAGUAACACAGAGAGGAAUACCUGCAGUGAGUCCUGAUGUGUUAAACCAGUUUCCAGCUGCCCCUGUCCCCACUUUAACUGGAUUUCCAAUGUCGCUGCCUGCCACAGUAAGCCAGCAGCCUCUGAUGCCCUCUGGACCACCUGUCUCCAUGCCUCUUAGCAUUGGACCAGCUGUGAUAGGAAUGAACAUAACGGCACCAGCGGGUGGAGCUGCAGCACAGCCUUCGGGAGCUUUCAUGCCAUCCUACCCGCCAAGUCAGGUAGUAAAACCAGAAGAUGAUGACUUCCAAGAGUUUCAAGAUGCUUCAAAGUCUGGCUCACUAGAUGAAACUUUCACUGAUUUCCAAGGGGAUGGAGCUGGCUCCUCCAAAGCAACCAGUUCACAGCACCGGAGCAGUGUUCCUUCCUUACUAAUGCCACUCCCAGGUAAUAAGACACUCUCAUCAACUGAUAAGUAUGCUGUGUUUAAAGGAAUUGCAGCUGAGAAGCCUGAAAGUACAGCUACUUUUGGAGAUUGUGGGGACAAGUAUAGUGCUUUCCGUGAAUUAGAACAACCAUCAGAGACCAAAUACAUAGGAGAUAACCUUGCAGAAUUCAAGUCUGCAGGAACUGAUGAUGGCUUCACAGAUUUUAAAACCGCCGACAGUAUCCCGCCAUUAGAGCCACCUACAAAAGACAAAACUUUCCCUACAUCCUUCCCUUCUUUACCCAUUCAGUCAAAACAGCAAACACAAGCUAAGCCCUCUUUGAAUCUAGCAGACUUGGAUCUUUUUUCCUCUACUGGAGAAAACAAGCAGCUCUCCUUUCCACCUGCAUUUAAUGCGUCGAAAUCAUCCUCCUUUCCUCCACCACCACUUCCAUCUACCACUGCCCAGCCAGCACCUAGCAAAAGUUCGAGCUUAGCUGAUGAGUUUGGAGAGUUCAACCUUUUUGGGGAAUUUUCUAAUUGCACAUCAGCCAGUGGACAAGAUGACUUUGCAGAUUUUAUGGCUUUCAACAAUAGCAGUGGAUUUUCUGAACAAAAACCAGACGACAAAUACAAUGCACUUAAGCUAGAGGCCAGCCCUGUUCCUCAGCCCGGCUCAUCUGCCAGCACGGUGAAGAGUGGGCAGAAUUCAGCCACCACUGCUACGCCCACCAAAUACGAUAUCUUCAAACAGCUUUCUCUGGAAGGCUCUGGAGCAGGCUUUGAGGAGGGGAAGGACAACACGCUUUCCUCAGUGAAGAGCGACGAUGAUUUUGCUGACUUUCACUCUAACAAGUUUUCUUCCACAUGCAGCAGCACAGAUAAGUCCCUGGUGGACAAAGUCGCAGCUUUCAAGCAGGCCAAAGAAGACUCUGCUUCAGUGAAGUCUCUGGAUCUCCCGUCUAUUGGCGGCAGCAGUGUUGGCAAGGAGGAUUCUGAAGAUGCGUUGUCUGUUCAGUUUGACAUGAAACUGGCUGAUGUGGGAGGAGAUCUUAAGCAUGUCAUGUCUGAUAGCUCUUUGGAUUUGCCAACAGUUAGUGGCCAGCAUCCACCAGCAGCAGAUAUAGAUGACUUAAAAUGUGCCCCCUUUGGAAGCUAUAACAGUGGGUCUGCAGUCAGCAGCCUGGCAAGCUACGACUGGUCCGACAAAGAAGACAUUCACCAGGGCAAGAAGUUCUCCUCCUUUGUCCAGGCUUCGGGAAGCGGAUCCUCUGCAGCUACCUCUGUUCUUCAGAAGAAGGAGACUUUGUUUGGCAGUUCAGAAAACAUUACCAUGACAACCGUUUCCAAAGUGACAACCUUUUCUAGUGAGGAUGCUUUGCAGGAUGUUUCGUUUGCAGCCUUUGCAAACUUUAAGGACUCUGGACCAAUAUCCGGCGGUCCAAGUGAUGAUGACAUUGGAGACUUUGGUGAUUUUGCAAGACCUUCAUCAGAAGCGCAGGAUGCAGCAGCCGACAGAAGUCAAGAGGCAGACUCCCUUGCUAGCGGUACCUCUUCUGAAAUGCGCAGGGAGUCCACAGAUGACUUUGGAGAAUUCCAAAGUGAAAAGCCAAAAAUCAGCAAAUUUGACUUCUUGGUGGCAACUUCCCAAGGCAAGAUGAAAUCUAGUGAAGAAAUGAUCAAGAGUGAGCUGGCUACCUUUGACCUGUCUGUUCAAGGGUCUCAUAAAAGGAGCUUAAGCCUAGGUGACAGAGAAAUAAGCCGCUCUUCACCUUUACCGGUUUUGGAGCAGCCGUUUAGAGAUCGUUCAAACACCCUCAGUGAGAAGCCUGCCUUGCCUGUCAUCAGAGACAAAUACAAAGACCUGACCGGGGAAGUUGAGGAAAGUGAGAGAUACGCGUAUGAAUGGCAAAGAUGCUUGGAGAGUGCCCUGCAAGUCAUAAAGAAAGCAAAUGAUACCUUAAAUGGAAUAAGCAGUUCAUCUGUUUGCACUGAAGUUAUCCAGUCUGCUCAAGGCAUGGAAUAUUUACUAGGGGUUGUUGAAGUCUAUAGAGUAACAAAGAGAGUUGAACUGGGUAUCAAAGCAACGGCUGUCUGUAGCGAGAAACUCCAACAGCUGCUGAAGGAUAUUGAUAAAGUAUGGAACAACCUAAUAAGCUUCAUGUCACUUGCUGCUUUAACGCCAGAUGAAAACUCACUGGAUUUCUCUUCUUGUAUGCUGCGUCCAGGGAUUAAAAAUGCCCAAGAUCUUGCCUGUGGAGUGUGCCUCCUAAAUGUGGAUUCAAGAAGUAAAAAAGAAGAGAAACCUGUGGAAGAGCUUCCUAGAAAAGCCUUUAAUUCAGAAACGGAUAAUUUUAAGCUGGCAUAUGGAGGGCACCAAUACCAUGCCAGCUGUGCAAACUUCUGGAUCAACUGCGUGGAGCCAAAGCCUCCGGGUCUCAUUUUGCCUGACCUGCUCUGAAAGCAGUCGCACUGAAGGUGGAGUAUCGGGUCUGAAAAUGCACCUCGGUUGGGGUAAAUGGUGUGAUAGAGUACGUGGAAAGGCUUCUUUCAGCUGUGGUUAGGGUUUGAAAUGCUUUGUUUUGAUUUCUGUACAGCAGUGGAUUAAAGCCACUCUCGUAUAUGGAAGUUCCCCGUGAAGAAUUGUACUUGAAAUGGCUGGGGUUUCAGAAAUAACAAGAAAAAAAAGGUGGAGUGGCACAAAAUGUGGCAUUUCUUUCUCGAUAUGAAAGCGGGUAGGUCUUUGUGAAACAAACAAACAAAAAACCAGUCUGCUGUCCAAGUGUACAGACCUCUGUGAGAGGACAGUACCUAGUUUCCAAGACAAACUGAAAUGCUAGACUGAUUUGCAUGGAAGUGACACUUAAAGACUUGAAGUACAUAUUUGCAAACAAAUCUUUUCUUAAUGUUUUGGGUGUCUGGAUCAUGAUAUUUUUCUUUAAAUAUUUGCUGCUAUAUUAUUACAAUGCAUACAAUGCACAUGUCAUGGUAACUUCCAAGGCAAAAUGAAUUACUGACUUGGAAGGAAUUAGACUGUAGAGAGCCACUGUUUAUUUAAAUUUUCACUAUUCUGAAUUGUAAAUUAUUAUAAAGUAUUCAUAUGCUUAACUGGUUAGUACUGGGGGUUAAGAACUUGGAAAAAUUGUUUAAAUUUUCUCUACCAUAUCUGGACUCUUUAGUACGGGCAACUGGAUUUUAAAGCUUGCAAUCUUCGCUGUUCUAUUGUAAAUACUGGCUCAUAUCUGCUCUUGGACUUGUCCUGAACUACAGGUGUGGUUUGUUACGUUUCUCCUGACACUUCGGUAGUUGUGUGGCUGCAUCACUGUUGAAAACUGGACUCCACUGAUACUGCGUGUCUGCUCCUGUACAUAUUCCCUUUUUUUGUGUGUUACCUGCUUCCCCUGAUGGGAUGCAUGCAUGUAACUUGUGCAAUCCAGUGCUACCUGUGAUAAUGUGUUUUCCUGACUCAGAACUGGCAGUACGAGGUGGCCCUUAGCUCCUACUGCAGGCGGGUGUGAUCCAACACUGAAAGUUGGGCUUAAGCAGACUGCUUUUUGAAGCCGGCUGCUGCCAAUCUACCAUUUUGUUGCUUAUGGUAGGUACACCUAUCGAAUAGGAAGAGAUUAGUAUAAUAGACUAUCACAAAGUGUUGCCCAUAAAUUUAAAGUAACCACUUCUUUCUUUCAAUAUGAUGACAGUGCCAUCAGCUGCAGUGAUAGUUACAGAAUUUUAAACCCACUGAGAGCUUCGUGGCAUUAUUUUAAGAGCCUUACCGCUAUACAUCCUAUUCAGUUUGCUUCAUUCUUUGACUUCAGUUUCUCAGUUCUCUAGAAAAUCUCUUUUCUCCAAAGAUAUCAACAGCUUUUCCAAGCUACUCUUGCCUUCAUUGAGAGUAGCUGAUGUUGACAAGCAAUUAUUUGCUGAAAUUGAAAUUACAAAGAGGAAAAUUGUUGUCUCUUUGGAAGAGGACAAGGUCAGGGAACACUUGAGCAAACUGGACAAUCGCAAGCCCAUGGGCUUUGAUGCGAGGCACCCACAAACCCAGAAGGAGCUGGCAGAUGUGACUGCAAGGCCACUCUCUAUAAUCUUUUCUUGGGCUGACAAACAUCUCAUGGAGUUCAGCAGAACAGGACCUGGGGGUCCUGGCGGACACCAAACUGAACACGAGUCAGCAACGUGCCCUUGCUGCCAAGAAGGCCAGUGGUAUUCUUGGCUGCAUUAGGCAAAGCAUCGCCAGCAUGUCAGGAGAGGUGGUCGUUCCCCUCUGCUCAGCAUUGCUGAGGCGUCACCUGGAGCGCUGUGCCCAGGUCUGGGUCCCCAGUACAAGAGAGACCUGGACAUACUGGAAAGAGCCCGGUGGAGGGCCACCAAGAUGCUCAAGGGACUGGAGCACCUCUCCUGUUAUGAGAGGCUGGGAGCUGGGGCUGUUCAGCCUGGAGAAGAGGGGGCUCGGGGGGGAUCUCAUCCAUGCCUAUAAACACUCGCAGGGAGGAUGCGAAGGGGACAGAGCCAGGCUCUGUUCGGUGGUGCCCAGUGCCUGGACAAGAAGCAAUGGGCACAAACGAACACAGGAGGAUCUGUCCGAGCAUCAGGAAACACUUUGUGCAGGUGUCACAGCCCUGGCACAGGCUGCCCGAGGGGCUGGGGGCUCCUCUGGGAGAGCUCCAGCAGACUGGACGUGGGGCUGGGUCCCCUGCCGGGGGGGGCCGUGCUGGGGCUGGGGUGGCACCAGAGGGACCUUGCAAUCCCUGCCAGCCUCAACCAGUCUGUGAUAUAAAAAAAAUAAAUCUUAGCUAUACUAAGCUAUUAAUUAUGCCAAAUUAAAGAAUCUUGGCUAAUAAGAGUGUUAGGUGUCUGGCCCCUUAUUUACCCAAAUUAAAGUAAAUCUUCCUGCUGCCUGAAAUUAUCUUAUUCAUAAACUCAGCAACUUGUGCCUCCAGUUGCAAGCUCAAGCUAAUCAAGUGGCAGAUUUUCAGUAGUGAGGCAAUGACUGCUUGCCUUCUGCUGCCCAGUAAUUAUCAGAAAAGGAGAGAAAAAAAAAAAAAGCAGUCAGUCUUUGCUUGCUCUCUGAUUCAUUUAUUAGGUGUGAAAUAGUUACAGUAGCCUGCACCAUAGCUGUUGACCACAUACAUUGUUUUCCCUCGUAAUUAGGGGCUGCUGGGUACCAGUGGAAGGGUCCCCACUGAUGUCCGGGGUCUGUGCAGCACAGUAAGCGAGCGCUUGCCUUUGCAUACUGAGCUACAGAAGCACUUAAGCAUUGUCUGGCUUCAAGCAAAUGCCUCGCCUUGCUGCUAGCAAGGGGACUUGUCGAGUGGUUUUUGUAUCUGGCUGAUGCAAAGGCUGUUGCUUAUGAAAAUGCUAUAUUGGGAAAAGGGAAUGUAUUGUUAGCACGGGCUUCCACCACAGUUCCCGAACACUUAACUGGAUACGUGUUCUUUUCUAAUUAAAAGAGAAUGCCACAAAAAAAAAAAAAAAAGGCCACAACGUGAAACUAAAAGCAACCAAUAUUUCAAAAGCAGUAUGAGAUGUGCUGUCAUAAAAGCCUUUUUCAGUGAUGUUUUUCUUGUCACGUACUUAUGAAGCAAGUAAGUUCCCUCUCUAAGACGUAGCCAGUGUGUCUUUUGGCCCAUAAAAGUAAGGAAUCGACGUUUACAAUUAUAAUUGUAGCAGGGCUUACUGAAGUAUGACACUGCUAGUCACUUGCUCCCUACAGAAGGGAGAGCAGCAGGCAAUAUUAAUGUGUUCGUGGCAAGCAGAAACCGUUGUUCUGAACACCUUUACGUCAUGGGAAUACAUCAAAUGUUUUACAUGCAGAUCCCCUUGAUAAAGGCGUUGCACAACGAGGAUCGUUUCACUCUCAUACCCCAGUCAUUAAAAUGACUCACUGUUGCAUUCAGCAUCUCCUCAGACAUUGCACUGCUAGCCAAAGCCCGGUGUCCUUGCAAUCUGUAUCCAAGGUUACAAUAUUUUCUACAGUGCAUUGUAACAGACCAUGCUCCCCUGCCUCCUUUGCAUACAGGCUAAUGGGCGUGCUGCCUUCUGCUUUGGUUGUGCUGAAUUUUAUAAAUAUAGCUCCUUUUGCUGGAUGUACUCUUUCACUAGGGAAAAAAAAAGAAACCUGGUUUUCUUCUUCCUUUUUUUUUUAAUGUGUGUGUUCUCUGGAGCUGCCUUGGGAUUACCUAUGAAAAGUGAUUUUUCUAUAUAUUUGUGUAUAUUUGGAGUUGUAAGAGAUUGUUCCUUUGGUUGAUUUAAUUUAUAUCAUUUUGCCCGGUUGUAUUCCUGCUGCUUCUGUGCUAUCUUAGUGCAUUUUAGCUUUUCCUUGGUGGCAGGGGCUCUAGGGAGCAUCCCAACUGUUCGAGCCUGUGUCCUGCCCAUCCGCUGUCACGUUUUGUUUCGAGUACCUUCGCGAGCUUGUUGACCUGUAUUUGCUGUGUAGCAGUUGGGAGGUUAUUUGUGGCGUGGGAAUUGUUACGUCCUGCUCUUGAACAUUCCUCUGAAUUUUCGUCUCUGGCAGCAGCUUCCCUUCACCUGGGUUUGCUUUCAGCAGCUCCUUGAGAGCGGUGCAGCAGAAACGAGGGGAGAGUGGAGCUCGAUAAAACCCAACGAAUGCUGUUUUCUAGUUAGCUUCAUGUCAGAUUAAUUAAACUUGAAACAAAAACUGCCUUUUCAAUAAAAGCUGCUAUUGUAC